UUAAUAGAAUUGAUAUCGCAUGACACUAGUGACACGCAGUGUCGAAAGCGUAGUAAUAAACGUCAAUUUGAAGCGUAGUUUAUUGUUUAUUAUAGUAAGUUUUUCGUUUUACUUUUUUAUAAUAAUGUCUAAUAAUAAAAGAGAACAUAGUGGAAGCGAUAAUGAGGAAGAUUGGGUUGGACCAUUACCUUCAGAAGCUGUAUCUCGAAAGAAACAGAAAGUUCUUGAAUAUGAACAAGUAUACAUAGAUAAUUUACCAUGUUGCGAAUGUUACGAAAAAUCUUAUAUGCACAGAGAUGUAAUCACUCAUAUUGUGGUAACAAAAUCAAAUUUUGUGAUAACGGGUAGUUUCGAUGGACAUGUUAAAUUUUGGAAAAAACAAGAGGAGUUAGUAGAAUUCGUAAAGCAUUUUCGCGCGCAUAUGAUGGCUAUACAGUCUAUGGCUGCUAGCUGUAAUGGUAUUCACGCAUGCACUGUAAGCUUAGAUAAAACAAUAAAGAUAUUUGAUGUUAUAAAUUUUGACAUGAUUAAUAUGAUAAAGCUGCAUUUUGUUCCACUUUGCUGUGAAUGGAUAUAUUCUCCUGGUGAUGCAAUAUCUGCUGUAGCAGUUUCUGCUCAGGAAUCAAAUAAAAUUUAUAUUUAUGAUGGACAAGGGACCAAUACGCCAUUACAUGUUUUUAAGAAAUUACAUAUUGAACCUGUGGUUGUAAUGAAAUACAAUUCUGCAUUUGAAACGUGCAUCUCUGCAGACAAAGCCGGUAUUGUAGAAUAUUGGACAGGACCUAAAAUGGAGUACAGGUAUCCCAAGUGCGUUAAGUUUAAAACCAAGUUGGAUACAGAUUUGUUUGAUUUUGCAAAAAAUAAAACUUAUCCAUGUGGGCUAGCAGUAUCACCAGAUGGUAAAAAAUUUGCUUCUCUCAGUGGAGAUAGAAAAGUUAGGGUCUUCAAUUUUCGUACUGGGAAAUUGUAUAGAAUAUUUGAUGAAACGUUACAAAGGUUUUCUGAAUUACAACAAAUGACACAACAAUUACCAAAUAUGGAAUUUGGACGAAGAAUGGCGGUAGAAAGAGAACUGGAUAAAACAGAAACGAACUUAGGAAAUAUUGUUUUUGAUGAGUCAGGUUAUAUAAUUUUAUAUAGCACAAUGUUAGGUGUAAAAGUUGUAAAUUUGUACACAAAUCGAUGUAUUAGGAUUAUGGGGAAACCUGAAAAUAUUCGUCCUAUGCAAUUAGCUUUAUUUCAGGGGAAAGCCAGGAAGACUACAGCUGCUGUGACUGUAGAAAUGGAGGCUGCAGAAAAUCCAACAUUGGAAAUGAAUCGUCCUGAUCCAACACUCUUUUGUACAGCUUAUAAAAAAAAUAGAUUUUAUAUGUUUACAAGGAGAGAACCAGAGGAUACCAAAAGUCAAGAAUGUGAUAGAGAUGUCUUCAAUGAAAGACCAUCGAAAGAAGAUAUUAUUUCCUCUACAGAAGCUACCAACGUACAAAAGAUCUAUGAUACAGCAAUUAUCCAUACAGCUCUUGGAGAUAUUCACUUGAAUCUUUUUGGAAAAGAUGUUCCGAGAACAGUGGAAAAUUUCUGUGUUCAUUCGAAAAAUGGUUAUUACAAUGGACAUAUAUUCCAUAGAGUAAUUAAGGGAUUUAUGAUUCAAACUGGUGAUCCUACUGGAACUGGUACUGGCGGAGAAAGUAUAUGGGGAGGAGAGUUUGAAGACGAAUUUAGACCACAUUUAAAACAUGACAGACCGUACACUUUAAGUAUGGCUAAUGCUGGGCCGAACACAAACGGCAGCCAAUUUUUCAUUACUUUGACACCAACUCCUUGGUUGGAUAAUAAACACAGCGUAUUCGGUAGAGUGGUGAAAGGAAUGGAAGUUGUACAAAAUAUUAGUCAAGUAAAAACAAAUCCGAAAACUGAUAAACCUUAUGAUGAUAUUCGAAUAGUUAGCGUUACUGUGAAAUAAUGUCUAAUUUCAAUAUAUAAAAUAAUGAUAUUGAA